UGAAGAGAAAAUUAAGACCAUGUGUGGACCAAGACCACGAUACACUACGAUUUAAUGAGACCAGCCUCCCACUUUACACUCUACAGAGACAGACAGCUAAUAUACAGCCUGCGGGGAUGAAGGUCUCCAGAGGAUUUCCACUACAGGCUCUGAAUAAAUGACCAACAUUCUCAGUCUUUAUUAAUGCCUACGCUUAAUUUUGUUCCCAGUACCUUCCCUGACCUUCACAGAAGAAGCCGUGAAAGUUAUAAAAGAAAGGAUUUUCAGGCCUGUGUGUAAUAAAGAUCGCUCUGAGAAACUUCUACUAGACGAGCCUCAUCCUGUACCCUCCCUCGUGUACCGAUGUUGGCUUCCUGUUCUGACUCGGGUCUCUCUUUUUAAUAAGACCCUGUUGGCUGAGUCUUUCUCUAUCAGUUGUGAGCUGUAAUUGGAUUCUCCUGCUUUUGAUUCUCUGUUCCACCAUCAGCCAUGUUGAUUAUUUUGGCCUUCAUCAUCCUCUUCCACAUCACCUCGGCAAUACUACUCUUCAUAUCAAGCAUCAAAAAUGAAUGGUGGGUUUCGAAAGAUAACACCAUUGAUCUCUGGUAUCACUGCAACUCCACAGGCUGUUACGAUUUACCGGGCAGUGCAACCUCUGAAGCAGCCUAUCUUCAGACUGUCCAGGCCGCCAUGAUACUGGCCACUAUGUUGUGCUGUGUGGGUUUCUUUGUCUUCAUCCUUCAGCUCUUCCGUCUGAAGCAGGGCGAGAGAUUUGUCUUUACAGCCAUCAUCCAGCUCUUGUCCACUUUGUGUGUGAUGAUUGGUGCAUCCAUCUACACAGCAGAGCACUUAAAUUUCAAAGACAAGACUUAUGAGGAUGGAAACUUUGGGUACGCCUUCGUCGUGGCCUGGGUCGCGUUCCCCAUGACGUUGCUGAGCGGCUUGAUGUAUCUAGUGCUAAGAAAACGCAAAUAAAGCACAACACACCACCUCACUAGCUGCCACCAGCUACAGCCUUAGCCAAGAGACUUUAUUUGUAAUGAUACUUGUUUUUAUAUGUAGAUUCAAUACUUGCCGAAGUUAGAAUGAAGUAGAUCAUCUUAUAAUAUUAAUCUCUGCAUACUGGAAACUUAAUUAGAUUUUAUUCAUAGUAUGUCACUUUUUCUUAACCUUGUUGUGUAUAAUUUAGUUUUACCUGCCCAUUAAAAAGUGCUGUGAUUUAGAGAGAUGAAAUAUUGAGGAGAAAAACAGGAGUGGGAGAUAUAAUAGGACAUAUUUAUAACAUGGAACCACUAUGGGCUUGAUAUGUAUUCAUACACAGUGCGCGAUGUGAAAUUGGCCUUAAUAACAUGCUAGUGUGAUGUUUCCUGGUCAUUAUACAUGUGCCUGGGGAAAAAGUCAAAAAGAAAAUCUGAAAUAUUGUGCUGCCAGUUUACUGAGCACUAUAUCAUACUUGAAGCUGAACAAAUUAUCAAUAUUAGUGGCACGAUGUGUUCUCGUGUAUAGAUUUUUUUUUUUU